UUGAUAUUUCUAACUACCAGAGCAAUCUUCUAAAGUGAAGUUUAAAAAUACUUUACAUAAUGGCCGCAUCUGCCGCAGCCGAUAAUGAGUUGAACAUAUUACCUUACGUAUACGAAGUUAUAAAGAGCAUUGAAAAAGACACCAAUGAUGUGACUGUUGGUCAAAAGAUGACAGAACUGAAGUCUCAGUUUCAGAAAGCCAGAGAGUGCAUUGACAAACUGCCAGGUACACAGCACAGUCAAGAGGAACAACUAAGGGUCAAAUCUAUAUUACAUCAGCAGCUUCUGACUAAAACAAAACUUUUGGCAGACUACAAGACAGGCAACAGUUUCCCACUCAGUGUGAAAAACAAUAUUGACAUUUCAGGGGGUAACUUGAGUUGA